AUGGCAUUGAGCACCCGUAAAUUGUUGGAACUGUCAUUUCUAAGCCUAGUAGACUCUGGGAUCGAUUACCGUGGUCAGAAUGUGGGAUGUUAUAUGUCCGGGAUCUCCCACGAUAUCCACACGAUAUCCGGUCAGGAUGAGUCAGAAGCGCAAGGUUCCUUUGCAUGCCUGCCGGCAAUGAUAGCAAACCGUAUAAGCUACCAUUUGGAUUUACGCGGACCGUCAAUUCCCGUAGAUACGGCAUGUAGCUCUAGCCUCGUCGCUACACACCUCGCGGUUCAAGCUCUGAAGCAAGGGGAAUGCAAAGCUGCUAUCGUCGGAGGCGCUCAAAUUAAUUCGAGAUUUGUGGAUUGGCUCAAUUACACCCAGGGUGGUAUCCUCUCUGCCGACGGUAGAUGCAAGCCCUUCGACUCUUCUGCAGAUGGUUUUUCUCGUGGAGAGGGAGCCGUUGUGGUUGUUUUGAAGCCGAUAGGACAGGCUAUACAGGACGGUGAUCAUAUAUACGGAACAAUCCUGGGUACAGGUGUCAACUCGUCUGGAGCAUUAGCACCCGUGAACGCGCCUGUGGCGUCCGCACAGGAGGAAGCGAUGGUUCGCGCUUUCAGGGAGGCCUCACGAAGGCCCGACGAAGUUGACUUCAUAGAGCUUCAUGCCACUGGUACCGCUCGUGGGGACCCGACCGAAGCGAACUGGAUUGGUUCGGCUUUCAAAAGGGACGACGAUCUGCUCAUAGGAAGUGUGAAGGGGAACAUCGGUCACUUAGAGAUAGCUGCGUUCCUCGCGUCACUUGUCAAGGUCUGCGGAAUUUUUGAAACAGGGCUCAUACCACCCACAAUUAACCUUAAUACACCAAACCCUGCGAUCAAGUGGGAGCAGUAUCGUCUCCGAGCGCCCACUAAGCUCACACCGCUUCCCUGUCGCUCUUCAUCUGGACGUUCGCUGGUUGCUAUGACAAGUUCCGGAAUUGGUGGAGCUAACGGUCAUUGUGUCGUCGAAAGCCCUCCAAGCCCUCUGGAACGUUAUUCGCGGAAGGGAUCUCCUUUCUGGACAGCAGAAAUGGUGCCAUCCACCCAUCUACUGGUGGUAGGCGGACUAUCUCCACGAUCAACCGCAGAUAUUAUAAACACAAUAUGCGACAAGGACAUACAUCAAACAGAAGUUCCCUCGCUGGCGUUAGCAUAUGGGCGACGUGCGAGAUCGAUGACCUGGCGAUCGUUCGCAGUAGUUGAUGCUGGGAAGGACAUACGCUUCAGCGAUCCGGCGCUCGCAACGAAAACCAAACACCCUAUUGUAUUUGUGUUCUCAGGACAGGGACCACAGCAUAUCGACAUGGGGCGACAGCUCUUUCGGACUUGCCAGGUGUUCCGUGAAAGCGUCUUAGAAUGCGAUGACAUCUACCAAAAGAUCACAGGCGUCUCGUUGAUCAGCUGCUACGGCCUUUUCGACGAUGUCCGGACGGCCGAGAGUCUUGACGAGACAUGGCCCAUCGCACUCACCUUGCCAGCAUUGACCAUCGUCCAACUUGCCCUCUUUGAUACCCUGGUUGACCUUGGCAUCAAGCCUGAUGCUGUCGUUGGACAUUCCGCGGGAGAAACGGCAGUGCUAUACGCGUCGGGUGCCGGAUCCAAGGCGGCUGCGAUCCAGCUGUCCAUUGCUCGCGGUCGGUCUCUCAGCAGUCUCGAGGCCUGUCAAGGAACCAUGGCUGCUUUGAGCUGCAACGUACAGGAGGCAGAACGUAUCAUCCAAGACGUUGCAGUCGAUUUGGGUCCAGGCUGCCUGGAAAUAGCGUGCUACAACGCUGACAAAGCCAUUACACUCUCCGGAAUCAGGUCGCACGUCGAGCGGGCUGUAGAGAUCGCGUCGGCUGCUGGUAUUUUCGCGAGGACACUGCGAACGCGGGUACCGGUCCAUUCAUCUAUGAUGAAACUUGUACAGAAGGACUAUACAAGGCUAGUCAGCGACGCAUUAUCGGGUCAUGCUUUACAUGACUCGUCCAUACCGGUCUUCUCCUGCGAGUCUGGCGGCCUUUUGCAAUCCAAGUUGGAUGCCGACUACUUCUGGGCGAACACUCGUGGGCCUGUUAGAUUUCGAGACGCGAUUUCUACCGUUAUCGAAGAGAAAGGGGAGGUGAUGUUUGUGGAGUUAGGUCCGCAUCCGGUACUAUCCGGUUACCUGUCCGAAAUUGGCGGGAAGAAGAGCCUCGUCGUGUGCCCUAUGCGUCGAGCAAACCCUAAGAAGCAAGAAGCUGAGGUUGAAGUUCAUACGAUGCUCACCGCACUCGGCAAGUUGGCCGUUGCUGGCUGCAACUCCAUUGACUAUGCAAGGCUCGUUGGACCCAACAUCAAGCCAUCUAGAAGUCUACCACCUUAUCCCCUAGCUCCGAAGCAGAUUGCUUAUUACACACCCUCACAUGAGACCUCGCGGUAUCUGCAGCGAAGACGAGGGCCGCUGAAUUAUCCACAGUUGCGUGUUAAUGGUCUUACCCACCCGGAUCUCGCGCAGCAUAUCAUCAAGGGAGAGCCUAUCAUGCCUGCUGCGGGUUACCUUGAAAUGGCUCUCGAGUUCGGCGCCCGGAAAAUCUGGGACGUCGAUUUCCUGUCCAUAAUCGCUCUGUCUUCGCCGCGUCCGGUCCCCAUUGAUGUGACUCUUGUCGGGAAUCGAUGGACAGUCAGAUCGUCUUCAAGCUCUGAAUCCCUUUCUCGCGGUCGCGCUGACAAGGAUAACGGACAACAGUUCGACCGGUUACAUGCGACAGGUUUUCUCACCUUAGAUGUCUCGGAGGAGGAACGUGCACCGGCUUCGGUCGACCUGGAAGCCGUUCGGAGUCGCAGUAAAGCCGUGGACGCGACGAUGUUCUACCCGACCAUGGCACAUUUUGCCGGGUAUGGGCAUCAGUACCAGCGAAUUGUCUCCAUACGCCAGGGAUCUGACGGGAUACGGGAUGAAGCGUUGAUAGGCGUACGUGGCAUGGAUGCCGAGCUGAGAGAAUCCCCACGAUACGUAUUGCAUCCGGCCAUUCUAGACGCUGCCAUUCACGCGACCGUUCAUCCUCGACUCACCGGUUGUACGGACAAGAGAGUCUACUAUCUUCCAUCCAAGGUCAAAUCUGUGAUCAUACACGACGCUUAUCUCAGCUGCUCCUCACCGGAGUUGAUAUACGUGCAUAUCAUCCAACGAUCAUGGACACCGACGACGAUGGUAUAUGACUGCGUUCUGUCGGGUCCUGAAGGCACAAAACUGCUAAGUAUUGCCGGACUUGAGGUAGCUCGCCAUGGCGACCCCUCAGCGAACGCGACUAUCGAGAAAAGACACACCCUGGCAUACGAAACCACGGAAAAAACGGUGACUAGAACAUCUCCCACGGACGUCUCAUGCCAAGUUACCACGCCUGCGGACAGUGCCUCGUUCCGUCACUUUCCGUAUCAACAAGGACGCGAGAUAGAUCUACAACGCCGAAUCGCUGAACUCGACCCGCUCUCCGACAUUGCAGCAUGGUUCACGGCGGAGGAAGGCAUCGAUGGACAGGCCGCACGAGGCUUCACAAGGUCCAUUAGGCGCGAAUAUCCAGCAUGGCGGGUCAAGCUGGCGGUGUUUGAUCGCUUCUGGUCGAAGAGCGAUCAUGUUGGCAUCGCCCGAGAACUGUCUUCGUGGAAUGAUGCAGAGGAUGAAAUCCUCGUGAGCCCCGAAGGCAAGGUCUGCGUACCUAGGCUUCGAAGUCUUUCACCACCCAGCUCUCGCGUACCCUUCUGUCCAGAGAAACCAUGGAUACUCGGAGACGGCGGCGUAUGCCAUACAUCGUCACCCCCCACAUCGAGCAAGGACGUCCGUGUCUCGAUCAAAGUAUCUGGCUUCCGUCAGUGCUCCGAUUCUCUGUUCAUCUUUCUGGGGCAUACCGCGGAGUCUAACGAUGCCGUAAUGGGCAUCACCGGAGGACCGAUUGCCAACUUCAUCAUGUCUCACCCGGAUUCGCUCUCGCCUUUACCUUCCGACCCCGAAUAUAGUGAGAGCGCUCCGCCGCUGACCGCCAUCGCUAUCAUCGCUAUCUCCAUGGGCAUCAGUGCGAUCAUACACCCUGAAAGACUACGGAGACGACGGAUCAUCGUCACUCAUGCAGAUCGCAACCUCGGUCGCGACCUUGUGAAAAUACUGCAUGCCCUGUGUCUUGAUGUCACCGCCAUAGCCAGCACGGUAUCCAUAUACGACUUGAGCGUUUACACUGGCACUGGUGCUAGCUUCAUUUUAAGCGGCUACAAUAGUCCCGCCGACAUAGAUAUUCUAGCCGGGGCCUUGGACGCGAACGGAAAGAUGUUUCUCUGGGAUCAUCCGACGACUGGACUCAUGAGCUAUCUUGAACGAGAGCCCUGGAACAUUGGAGACGCUCUACGCCUCUCAUCUAGCACUCCCUCGUUACGCAAUAUACGCCAUCGGCUUUCUGCCCCUCUCUCGCUCGUGCCCCACCCUCCAACUUUGGGCGAGAUGGUACCAAGUGUCGGCAACCUAUUUUGUCAUGAGAAAGCAUACCUCCUUGUAGGCGGAAUCGGCAGUGUGGGGUUCCAAAUAGCGCUGUGGAUGUAUGAGCAUGGUGCACGACACAUUGUCAUGACAUCUCGGUCUGGUCGCGAUGGCCUGCGCAAGCGCGAUGAUUCGCUCUCUCUGCGAGCGCUCGCUUAUAUGGAGUCUCUGAGUGAUCUAGACCUCAAGCUCCAUGCCGUUGACGCCGUAUCGCUCCCUGAAAUGACAUCUCUAGUGCAGAGUUGCGCGUACCCAAUUUCGGGUUGUAUGUUGUUGACAGCGGUUCUGAGGGACCGUACAUUUGCCCAUCAAACGCAAGAGUCCUUCGACGCGGUGUACGAGUCGAAGAUAGAGGCUUUCAGGGUACUUUCGGAGGCUCUUCCGAUUGACUCUUUGGACUGGUUCGUCGCCUUCACGUCGGUAUCUGGAUUUUUCGGAAGUGCGGGCCAGACGAACUACGCUGCCGCCAAUGUUGCUCUGGAGGGGCUUGUUGAGCCAUAUCCAAAUGCAUUCGCCAUGGUUGCUCCUAUGAUCAUUGAUAGUACCAUUGCGGACCCUCGUAAUGCAUCUCAUCUCAGGCACCUUUCAGAUUGGGGAUUCACGGCGCGAGAACUCUGCAAUUGUAUUGAAGACGGCAUUCGCAGACUCGCCGACGGGCCUUUCGGUCUGUACGUCCCCGACUUCCAUUGGAAUCGUGUGGCUGGCCGGCUCGGUAGAUCACCGGUGUUCGAGCACCUGCUUACGCCUGACGAGCCAUCAGAGGGUGCAGAGAUCAACGAGUUGACGCUCGAUCAUCUCGUGAUGCACGAGUUGGACAUAUCGCCGGACAACUUUUCCCCGGCCGUUCCAUUGACCUCGUACGGGCUUGAUUCCCUAUCUGCUGCAAGACUAUCCGCCGCCCUGCGUCCCUUCUUGGAGAUUACCCAAAUGCAGCUCUUAGCAGACGUCUCCUUGAACGACAUACGCACGAGGACGGAGGAGAAGAACUUGUCUAGCGCGAGCCCCGCGCAAGACAUGACGCGCAAGAAUUUGCGCCCACAGACCGGAGGUUUCGAUUGGAAGAACUUCCAUCGUAGUGGGGAGACAAUCAUCAAGAUUGUGGAUACCGAUGAUCAUGAUGCGAUUCCGCUCAUAUUGAUCCAUGGCACUAGCGGGAAUGGGCAAGGGUUCUACCCUCUCAAGGACAUGUUCACGACGCCACUCUGGAUGAUGCAGACCACCCCCGAGACGCCAUUCGGCUCCAUGAACGAAACUGUCGAGUUCUAUCAUCGCGAGAUCAAAGCUGCGCGGCCGAAGGGACCCUAUCGAUUGGGCGUUUUCUGCGCGACAUCGCCCAUGGCGGUGGAGCUGGUCAGGAAGUUUGAAAGAGGAGGGGAUUGCGUACUGCAGCUGGCGUUCCUCGAUCACUUCCCGUCCAUAUUCUGCGAAGUCCCCGGCGCUCCUGAUGCACAGACUCUCCGGGAUGGAGCGAUGAGCUCUGCAUACAUUAAGGAUGCCUUCAACGUGCUUCUUCAAGCAUACGAAGACGACCGCGCACCAUCACGCCAGCGCAUGAAAGGCGAGCUCCUUUCCUCAUUCCUCGGCGAGCCUGUGCGCCCGUCUAUCCAGGUGUACCACGAUAAUUUCGUCUGUAUCGUCGGAAUGAUCGUCAAGUACCUAUUGGAAGCCGUCCCAGCUGAAGUACGAGCCGAAGUUGGGGAUGAUCCUGGUCGCUUCGCCUCUGCGCUCAAGGACGUGCUUGCUCAGAGGAUGCGGGAAUUGAAGGCACCGUUCACAGUGUACAAGGCGCAGUGCGGAGUUCUCGCAGCAAAUGAUACAGAGCACUUCUGGGCCGACUUUGGAGUGGAGGAGCGAAAUAUCGUCCAGGUGCCUGGCGGGCAUUUCGACAUGUUCCAACAAGAACGUUUGGCACGAUCACUCGAGUAUGACUGGAAGUUUUAA